AUGGGAACGUGCUUUGGUAUUAAUACAAAUGAAGAAAAUCACUUGAAUUUAAAACCUAUUUCAAGAACUGCUUCUUAAUCCACAAAUGCUACAUGCGUAAGCUAAGUUUCUCUAAAUAGCAACAAUUUAAGUCAAUAAGCAGUAAAAAGAUACAUUCAUAAAAAUAAGCGCUCUCAAGUGGCUUAUUUUCAUGAAAACCCUAUUUUGAAACCCUUAAUCUGCAAUAAAUUAUAUAAAUAAAGAAAGCCUAAUGCUCUAGAAAAAAUGCUUAAUGCAUAAUAAAUAGACUGCGCUGAUUCAUAAGAAGCUUAACAUCUUAUAAAAUCGCAAACAUAACUAAGAGUUAACCCUGAAAAAAUUGUAAUUAAUAAUAUUGAAUACCCUAUAAAAAAAACUAAUAGGGUUGGUUUUAGAAAGAGAUCAAGCUCUUUAAUAGUUAAGCCUGUAUUCUGA